CCCACGCUACCCACAACCCACCUAUAAACUCUCACAGCUCUGUCUCUCUUUCUCCCUUACACGCCACCCUCCUCCUCGUCUCCGGCGACUUUCUAUGCUCAAAAGAUGAGUUCCAUUUCCAAGAACAGAAUCUGCUUCUCGGAUGCACCAACUCCGUUUUCUCUUUUAUUAGUUUCACUGCUGCUAUCACUCUCUUCUGUGGAAGCUCAACCGGCAUCACCACCAGAUGGAUAUCCCUAUGCUAGAUUCAGCCCUUCAAUGGCUAUCAUAAUCGUCGUUCUUGUAGCUGCUCUUUUCUUAAUGGGGUUCUUCUCUAUAUACAUCCGACGGUGCUCAAACGACGGCGGAGCCAGCCUCCGUGCAGGUCUUUCCAUGCGCCGUGCCGGCAGAACAGCUGCAGCCUCUCGUGGUCUCAAUCCAGAAGUGCUUGAGACGUUCCCGACCUUCGCUUACUCCGCUGUGAAAGAACUGAAGAUCGGAAAAGGAGCACUGGAAUGCGCCGUUUGUCUUAACGAAUUCGAAGACGAAGAAAAUCUCCGGUUGAUCCCCAAAUGCGAUCAUGUUUUUCAUGCAGAGUGCAUCGAUGCUUGGCUCGAGAAUCACGUAACUUGCCCGGUCUGCCGAUCCGAUCUCGUUCCUAAACCCGGUGAUACAACUCAAGUCGAAUCAGGAGUUGCGGAUGGAGCUGAUAACCAGACGACGGCAGCUGCGGAUGAAGGAAAUACAGUACCAGACGUCUCGAUUCCAAUCGGAGACGACGUCGUCGACCCGACUCCACAACCGCAGGUCCUCAACCGGAACCAGAGUGCUAAAACAAACUUCCCACCACGAUCAAAAUCUGUGCGUGGUCCGAAACUGUUUGAGAAGUUCCGAUCGCAUUCCACCGGACAUUCACUGGUUCAACCUGGUGAAAACACAGACCGAUUCACGCUAAGAUUACCGGAGGACGUGAGGAAGCAAGUGAUAACCAAUGGUCUACUGAACCGAUGUGGAAGCACCGUGAGGGUGGUCGGAGAAGGGAGUGCAAGGAAAGGGUACAGAACCGGUGAGGGUAGUAGCCGGGGAAGAUCUUACCGGCGAAUGGGGAGUUUAGACAGGGUUUUCUCAAAGGCGCCGUCGUUCUUGUCUCGAGCAUUCUCCGUUAGAUCUCCUAAAAUCGUGUCAGAUAACGGUGGCGCGUCGACGUCUUCCGUCGAUAAGAUUCCUCUCAAUAACAUCGGGCCGAAGAGCGACGAGCCCGGUUCGGGAAGUGCUGACUCUGGUCGGCCGCCGGUUUAGUAUCUUGGUCGCCGGUUUUUGUUGCAGAUUUGGAUUCGAAAGCAAUGUCGGGGCCACACACGAAUUAAAAAUUUAGGCGGAGUUGCCAAAGUUGACGUUGCGAUCCUCGUGGUUGUUUAUUAAACUUAUAAAUUUUUUUGAAUUUUUGUAAAAAUUUUAAAUGUAAUUUUGACAUUAAAAUUUGUUCAUAUUUGUUUGCGUA